AUGGCCCGAGGGCCUCCACCCGACCUAUUCUGCCCCAGAUCGAACCCUUCCACCAAAUCGAACCCUCGCUCCUCCUCGACCGCCGCCGUCGCCGCCCCCACCCCUCUGCCGUUGACCACACCCUCCCUCUUGGCUGAUCUGUGCAACCCCAUCGGGAUCUAUGGCGGCAGUGCUUGGAUCUCGGCGUCGCCUCCCUCCAGACGCAUCUGGUGUGCGAGAUCAAAGUCGCCUCCCUCCCUUCGACACCACCACCAGAACUGCUCGACACCGCCGGUCGCCUCCCUCUCUUCUACACGGCGACGAGCAUGGGUGGAUUCCCCUCAUGGCUUCCUCCCCGCGAACGGCGACGCGGUGCCUCCUCUCCACUAUGCACGUACAACACGCUCCUUAGAUCUGUCCUGGUGGAAACUCGAUGAGGUGCUAUUAGGGAAAGGAUUGGAGACUGGUUCUAGUAGUGGUUGGUUUGUUCGAGGAUUUUCUAGUGCUCAUGAUUUGCAAAUGGUUCAGCCAGUACUGGCGUCUAGCAACCUUGAAGCCCACAGUCGACCUGUAGGCCACAUCUCUCUCAGUGUUGCAUGAUGUGCUAUAAGGCAAGGCAGAUGAUCUUCUUUUCUCCAUUGUCCAACAUUGAAGCUUUUCUUGCCCAUCAGCACACAUCUCAUUUAGGUUCAUUUCCUAUAUACUAGUUAGAAACUGCUUCAUACUUGCUCUAGGUGUACUUUGAUUAGUGUAAUCUCCUUGCCCCAUCAUCGACAAGGUUAUAUGAUUACGAGAGCUUAAUAAAUUCUGUGAUACGUGUUCAUUUAUUAACUAAAUCAUCAGCUUGCUCAAUAAUACUUUUAGGUACUCUAGUGUGUUUAUGGCUGAUGAAAUACGCUUUGUUUAAUAGGAUUGGAGACAUUUCUGAUGCUUCGGUGAAAACACCAGACCUAUUGUAAACUCAGUCCAGUAAUACAAGUUAGCAUUUUGUCUUAAUCAUUCUUGGAACUAAAAAGGAAACCUUCUUCUUGUUUGUUCUACACCACUAAUCUGUUUAGCCAUCCUUGAGAAAGGCUCGAUGGUUAGACAUGAAAACUUUAUUUGUUUUCUCCUUUUGCUUCUCUGGUUUAUUUUAAAUUUAAUCUAGGUUUGGCUGUUUGCAAUUGAAAAAAAUGUUCUUCAGGGCUUCCUGCAAAUGUUGUUAGGUACUGUACAACCAGAAAUUUAGAAGGGAAUCACAUUAUUGAAAAGGGUUGACAGGAAUGGAGCAUCACUGCUUAGCACGUCUACAGAAAAAGUGGGCUUCGUAUGUACAAUUGUGCAUAUAGCUUAGGUGAACGAUUUCUGAUUUGCCGAACUCUCUUUAUUGUUAAGAUAAGGGGAAUAACUAUAUAAUGCUAACAUUUCCAUUACUCCUAUAACUAUUGAAUCUAAUUAGAUCUGUUUUUAUUCUCGUGUUUGCCUCCUAUGAAAAAUGAGGUUGGGUACUAGUGUGUAAAUAGGUAGAGUGAUAAAAAGUGAUUGCUUCCUUGUGGAUCUGUUUUUACAUUGUAAAAAUUUAUUUUUAUUCUCAUGAAUAUUGUAGUAUUUUGUGUGUAUAAUAAAAAGUGAUUGCUUCCUUGUGGAUCACGUGCUAAUGUACCCCUUUAUACCAUUUUUAUUUAUCUUUAGACUAAUUUAACAUGUCUUAUCUUUCUAUAAAUAUAAAGUUUAUUUGCAGAUGAUAAGUCUUGUGAUUGUGCGCCUUCAGCUCCUUUUAUAUGCCUUCAAGUACCUGGCACACAGUUAUUAUGAGCCAAUGAUAAUUGAACUCCACACUGCUUUUGUUCCACUUGGCCUUCGUUUCACUCUUGCGCCAGCGGCGCAAUGGGUGGAAUCUAGUGUACAAAAGAGUGAACAUGUAAUUUGUCUUCCUGGACAUGGCUGUAGCCAUGCGCUGUGCAUAGCCAUUUGUGUAGCUCAGUUUGAAGAUACAAAAUAUUGUUUUCUUAUGUAAAUUUUGUGUACCAUUGUAGCUGAAUGCUACUGAACACAUGUAUGGAUGUGGAAGUACAAAAUUAUCAGUCUAUGAAUGUUUCUAAACUUUAAGGUUU